UGUGGUUUUUGACCCGGAGGACCAACGCGAACCCGCUAACCUCGGUUCUUUUCGGCUCUGCUCGGCUCGGCUCGGCUCGGCCCUUAUUUGUCCCGCACUCAUCCGGACGCGCUUCAGGAGCAAACAUGUCCCGGUUCGUCCGUCGCUUCGUCUUUGUUGUUUCCCACAACACUGGAGUCCGGUCCACGGUGGUUCCGAGGAGGAUCCGAACCUUAUCCACAACUGCAGGCCUGCAGUCUCUCACACGCUACAGUAAAACCACAGACUGGCACAAGAAGCUGACUCCAGAACAGUAUGUGGCCACCAGAGAGAAAGGAACCGAGGAGCCUUUCAGUGGGAUCUACCUGAAUCAUUUUGAGGUUGGGAUGUACCACUGUGUGUGCUGCGACGUUCCUCUCUUCAGUUCAGAAGCAAAGUAUGACUCGGGGACGGGCUGGCCGGCGUUCAAAGAGGCUCAUGGGACAUGGGAGCGAGAUGAAAGCCACGCCUCCAUCAUUCGUCGCCCCGACAACAGCCUGGGGAGCGCAGGGACAGAGGUCCUUUGUAAAAACUGCGAUGCUCACCUUGGCCACGUGUUUGACGAUGGACCGGACCCCACGGGUCAGCGGUUCUGUAUCAACAGCGCAGCUCUGAAGUUUCAGCCCAGAGGAAACGGCAAACAGGACAAGGAGGAGAAGCAAUGACGAACUUUCUUCAGCGUUCGGUUUUAACUUUUACACCAGAACUCUUAUUUCACACCUGAACCUGAACCUGUUUGUAAAUGAGAGGAUUCGUGUAAAUGGUGGGCUUCCUGCAUCAUCAUCAUCAUCAUCAUCAUCGGAAAUGAAUCACUUGGUAAAAACACAAGAUAAAAGUUUCAGGGCUGCAAUUUCAGAAGGAACCACAUUCAGAGGGACUUAUUUGAGUUACUGCCUUGUUUUUUUCUUAAUGCUUUAUUGAAUAAACUUUUUUUUCUCUGUAAAAUAUAAAAA